CAUGUGUUAGCUGAAACAGGAAAGGAGAUUGCUUUCACUUUAAGACUUUUCCUGCCCGGGGAGCCAGAGCAGCGAUGGCUGACAAGAGACAGAAAAAAGAUCCCAUUUACUAGGUGAAGGUGAUUACCAAGAACAUGAUUGAUGGCAUCUUUGAUGAUUUGGUGGGAAAGAAUGUUGGAAAUAAGGACGAGUUACUAAGAUUAGGAGCAAGAUUUGACCUGGCUGUGAACAGGACCGAAAGCCUCCUUGAGGCCCUCACUGAGAAAAUGCAAAUGGCAGGUGAAAUACUUGUGGAAUAUCUCUUCAACCCCAAGAAACUGCCGCGUUUAAAACAUCACCCAGAAAAUGAGGAUGAUGAAUCUGACAGCAGUGAAUCUUCCUCCUCGACAGAAUCUGAAAGUGAAAGUGAAAGCGAAAGUGAAGAAAAUGAAGAUGAGGAAAAUGCCCAAUCCGCCAAAUCCGCCAAACCCGCCAAAUGA